UCCAGGACAGUUGCCGGCCAGGUGAGCAGGCAGGUGGACAAGGCAGGCUCGUGGCGCCGGACCAGAGCCCGGUCAGCCGAGUGGGAAUCCUUCCUCGAACUCUCCCCCGGCCAGUUGCCCAGCGCCCGACCCGCCAUGGAUGCUGUGGACGCCACCGUGGAGAAGCUCCGGGCGCAGUGCCUGUCCCGAGGGGCCUUGGGCAUCCAGGGCCUGGCCAGGUUUUUCCGCCGCCUGGACCGGGACAGGAGCCGGACCCUGGACUCGGGGGAACUCCAGCGGGGCCUGGCUGAGCUGGGGCUGGUGCUGGACGCGGCCGAAGCAGAGGGCGUGUGCAGGCGCUGGGACCGUGAUGGCAGCGGGACGCUCGACCUGGAGGAGUUCCUGAGGGCACUGCGGCCCCCCAUGUCCCCAGCUCGGGAGGCGGUCAUUGCAGCUGCCUUUGCCAAGCUGGACCGCAGCGGGGACGGUGUGGUGACCGUGGACGACCUCCGGGGGGUGUACAGUGGCCGCGCCCACCCCAAGGUGCGAAGUGGGGAGUGGACCGAGGAGGAGGUGCUCCGCCGCUUCCUGGACAACUUCGACUCUUCCGAGAAGGACGGGCAGGUCACGCUGGCUGAAUUCCAGGACUACUACAGCGGCGUAAGCACCUCCAUGGACACAGAUGAGGAGUUUGUGGCCAUGAUGACCAGUGCCUGGCAGCUGUGAGCCGUGCACACUUGCUCAGCAGCCCCCCCCCGCCCCCACCCCAGAGCAUAGGCCCCCACCCUG